AUGGCCUCUCUUGCUUCUUCUUCUUCAUUCUUGCUUCACUCUUCAUCCUCUUCCACUCUCCUACCACCCUCUCUUCCUUCUUCUUCUUCUCGCCUUUCUUUCUCUUCCUUAUCCUAUUCCUCCUCUCUCUCUGUUUCUCCCAUCUUCUCCCCCCACCCUUCCACUUUUACACGUUUUGCCACUCCUUCUGCUUUCACUCUGAGGGCUAGUGCUGAACAGAAGAAGAAGGUGCUUAUUGUGAAUACCGACAGUGGUGGGCAUGCCGUGAUUGGCUUUUAUUUCGCCAAAGAGCUUCUGGGUAAUGGCCAUUCGGUCACUAUUCUCACUGUUGGUGAAGAAAGCUCCGGCAAGAUGAAGAAACCCCCUUUUAGCAGAUUUUCAGAAAUUGUGAGCUCUGGAGGCCGCACAAUCUGGGGAAAUCCAGCAGAAAUAGGGAGUGUUGUGGGAGGGGAAACAUUUGAUGUGGUUUUGGACAACAAUGGCAAGGACCUUGACGCUGUGAGACCUGUGAUAGACUGGGCCAAAAGUUCUGGAACCAAGCAAUUCUUGUUCAUCAGCAGUGCUGGAAUCUACAAACCAACCGAACCUCCCCAUGUUGAAGGGGAUGUUGUUAAAGCUGAUGCUGGUCAUGUUGGGGUGGAGAAAUAUAUUGAGGAAACUUUUGGCAGCUGGUCAAUAUUCCGGCCACAGUAUAUGAUUGGCUCCGGCAACAACAAAGACUGUGAAGAGUGGUUUUUUGAUAGAAUUGUGAGGAACAGACCAGUGCCAAUUCCUGGCUCUGGCUUGCAACUCACAAACAUAGCUCAUGUUAGGGACUUGUCUUCCAUGCUUACUCUAGCUGUUGAGAAACCAGAAGCCGCGAAUCAUAACAUUUUCAACUGUGUGAGCGACCGUGCUGUGACUUUGGUUGGAAUGGCCAAACUAUGUGCCCAAGCUGCACAGCGGCCUAUUAACAUCGUGCUUUAUGACCCUAAAGCUGUUGGAAUUGAUGCUAAGAAAGCUUUCCCCUUCCGGAAUAUGCACUUCUAUGCCGAGCCUAGAGCAGCCAAAGUAAAGUUGGGAUGGACAUGCAGCACAAACCUUCCUGAGGACUUGAAAGAACGUUUUGAUGAGUACGUCAAGAUUGGGAGAGACAAGAAGGACAUGAAGUUUGAGCUAGAUGAUAAAAUAUUGGAGUCCUUAGAAGUUCCAGUACCUGUGUGAUCAAUUCAUACCCAAACCAUACUGUAAGUUUUCCUGUUACCCUAUGAGGAAACAAGUGUAUUAGAGAAUACUACUUGACCAAAUUCUUCUUGAAAGGAGAAAGGUUUUAAUAAUUUGAUAUGCAUAUCUGUACCAGACCGUAGCUUAUUCUGAGGAUCUACUUCGGCUUUAGAAUGAA